AUGCUCUCCCGUCACAUUAAUGUCUAUAAAUUUGCCAAAAAUAAUUGCAUGCCUGUGAUAUGUCGAUCAGAUUCCGCGUACAUUUGCAUUGUGUUUCUGCUCUCUAAAGUAGCCCAGGCAGUUGAGAGAGUAAAAGUUAAACUUUUUAGUGAAAAGAAAGACUUCAUGCCUCCUUUAUCUCUAUUAAUCAUCGCACUCUUGUCCACAAAUCGUUUUCUUGUGGCAUAUCCCAGGAAAAUCCCAUUGAGCGUAAACGUGUCUGGAACACAGACGAGAAGGAUCCUACUCUGUCCCUCUGAGGAGUUUCCAGGUGGCCUCAAUUACAGAAUUGUCGACAACUCUAGACACAGGUACAUUAUCGGAGACGUCUUUGACUCUGGCUUCUUGAUCUUGCAUGCAGACCCAAGUGCCGUGAGCAGAUACGUCCUCGUAUUUGUCAGAAAGGAUGAGACCAAGUACAUCAAGAUUACGACUAGGCACAGAUAUCGUGGCGUCUGCACAACUCAAGUUAAGGAAUUCACCAAGAAGGUCUGGGACCCGUACUACAGAAGAGUAGCCAGAAUACCAAUGGACCUGGAAGUUACAACCAAGGAACUCAAUGACAACAUAAACGCUGAGUUGGUCCCCUCACUUGGACCGAACAACAUGGGUCCUGAGGAUUCUCACGCUCCAGAUAUCACACUAGUCCCCGUCAUUUUUAGCAUUAAACUGGACAAAAUCGACGAAUUUGUCAUUGGAGAGGUAAAGUAUAACGGGUAUACCGUGGGAAGCGAGAUCAGCGGACUGAAUUUGAUGAACAGAAGGGUUACCUGGAGAGGAGGAUUCAUGAACCCAUUCAUCACCAUCUUAUCAAAGUAUACAGACGGGACAGAAGUAGAGGCGGAGUAUCGGUUACUACCCGGUAAAUCUGAUGGGUUUAUAGUGGAAAGCAUCAAACGAAGACUCUCAAACUUGUGCGGAUGA